ACGGAGGUAAUUCAUCAACGCAAGUGCCAUCGAUUUCUACUCACGGAAGGCAAUCUUCUCAGCUGCAAAGCCUUCCUACGACAUCUUUAGUUUCGGGCCUAGUGCCAAACCAGAACGUGGCUUGUCCUUCAGCACAAAACAUCACGUCAACGUUAAGCAAGAACAUCUAGAGGUUACAAGAAAGCCAGGUCAAACUCUUAACUCGCGACAAGCAUCAACAACUCCAUCGGAAACAAAUGUCCUACUCAGUCAGCGGAUGGUACAACCAGUAGCAUCUGAAAAGUUGAAGCAACUAGCCUUGCAAAUGCAGCCCUCAGACUUUUCAGGAUGCAACCCAAAUAGAAUUACACAGCCACAAGGACAGCCAGUUCAACCAAAUGUGCAGCAGAAUCCCUUCGGGAAAAAUGGUAUGUUGCCGAAGGAACUCAUGAUGGUGAAUCAAAAAGGUUUGGGGUUCAACCAACAACAGACGAUGGAUAGGCAAAAGUACCAAAUGCAGGUGCAUAAUGGUCAUCUUGGAGCACAGAAUACUCAACCUGGUGUAACAAUUGGAUUAGGGUCAAAGCUGAGGAUGCAUGAACAAGAGGCACUCAAUGAACAUAUCGAAAUAGAAUCUCAGCCUGUGGCCCUACCUCAGCAGCUGAUCACCGCCAGUCAGCAAAACAUCUUGUUCUCAACUACGGGAAAUGCUGGAGAAGUUGAUUGGAGGGAGGAAAUGUUUCAGAAGAUCAAGCCGCUAAAGGAUGCUUACCUUUUAGAGCUCAUGGAAUUGGAUAAAGCCAUUCUUGUUCCAAAACUUUCACAGAAGCAGCUUGAGUCAUUACCCAAUGAAAGAGCUCAACAAUACAGAUUUAGAGUACACUUGAAGCAGAAAACAAAACUGAUGGUGAAAUUCUUACUGCUAGAGAAAAGCAGCAUCCCUGACAACUACAGGGGGCAGCUCUCCAUGUUUCUCAAGUCCAUACAAGAUUUGCUAGGUUUCUACAGGAGAAGUAGAAAUAGGUACCAGAUUUCUCAUGGGCAGCCUAAAAUAAUCAAUCUUAUUGGUGAUCAGGCUCCAUCCAGUGCUGGUACAAGCCAUCAAAAUCAGCAAGAACAACCUGUAAAUACCCAGUUGAUGAAGAAUAUUAUAACUACAACACCAGCAGCUCAAGAAAUCAAUAGCAACAGCUUGUUAGGAGUAGAAAGCUCUUGUUUCCCUAAAAAGACACGAGGAUUGGUGCAGUCUUUGCCAAUCGAUAAGCUUCAGGAGUGUUGCACACAGACACUUUCACUUGCUAUCAAGGCAGGCACUGUAAAAGUCUCUUCACCUUCUCAGGUGUCCACAUCCUCAUCACCCAUUUCUACGCCAAGAGAUGCAAAUCCUACAACCUCAUCCUCUGUUUCUGUGAAGUCCACAUUGCCAUCAUCAGUUGCCAAGCCAGGUGUUUUAAAAGUUGCCUCGUCAUGUGCUUCAGGGAACUCUAUGUUGCCAUCAUCAUUUGCCCAAUCUACUUCUAUACAAGCUGUUUCACCAUGUGCUUCAGCAAAAUCAUCAUUGCCAUCAUCACCCUUUGCCAAUCCUGGUGUUAUAGAAACCACUUCAUCCGUUACCAAUUCAGGUUGUGAUCCAGCUGCUUUGCCCUGUCCUUCAGUGCACCCUACAUCAUCCGACAACUUCGAGAGUUUUUAUGGCUCACUACUACAAGACAUCUCAGCAACUACCAGUGCACAGACAGUAGUAGGAGGAACAGCAACAGCUGCAGAAAAUUGUAUUAAACAGGUCACUACCAUUAAACCAAUCAUGCCAUCCGCACCACUUCUGGCAGAAAUAGUAGAUCAUCAAGCAGAGGAUAAGGAUGACCCUAGAAAUGAAAUACUGGAGGCUAAGAGGCCCAUCGAUCGCCUACUUGAUGCGGUGCGUACUUCAUCACCAGCGAUGCUUUGUAGCGCAGCUAAUUCUGUCUGCUCAGUCCUCAACUCGAACAAUUGGGUACAACAGAGCGAAAUGGAUACCUUUGAGGAUUGGGCAUUCUUCUCAGAGCAGUGUGGAUCUAGCACUGCGAACAAAAUGAAGCGUGAUUUGGAAAGUACAUCAUUGUAUUCUGAGUCAGCACCACAGGGCAUCAUGGGUGCAAGUUGCUUGACAUUUGAUUGCACUGCCUCCGAGGAUGAAUACAGUGUAGAACGGCGUGCUAGAAGGCAAAAAACACAAAAUGCUAAGGAUACUCUGUUAGAUGAAAUAAACUCUGCAAACAGCAUGUUGUUAGAUACCAUUAUCAGCAUCGCUAAUGACAAUGGAACAGAUGGGAUCUCCUCUAGCUGUGGUGGGACAAUGGUCAAGCUCUUCUACACUGCCACAUCACUCGCACCAGACCUUGCAUCGCUCUUUGCAACACCUGGAAUGUGUAUCGUCAUACCCCUGAAGCUCUUGGUCCCUGCAGAUUAUCCAAGAAGCUCUCCUAUGCUUGUCUGUGACAAGGGUGAUGAGCAAAUGAGGAAGAGGUUCAAUGCCAUUUCUGGCACACUGGACGUAGCCUUCCGGCAGGCCCUCUGUGGACUCCCAGAUCCCAUGUCAGUCCUAGACAUCGCAAAGGCGUGGGAUGCCUCCGUACGGAGGGCGGUCGUGGAAUUUGCACAGAGGCACGGUGGGGGAACAUUCAGCUCCAGCUACGGUGAGUGGGCUAGGUGCUGAUGGUGUGUGAGAGAUGGAGACUGCGUGUGUGCCUGUUGUUUUGUUGUAGAACAUGCUGGUCAGUUUAAGAUUUUAUUUGAAUAUGGAAACUAGUAUGAGAGAAGCAUAGCAUGU